AUGGGAUACACGCUCGUCGUUGACAACUACGACUCGUUCACGUGGAACGUCUACGCCGACCUCUCCGUCCUCGGCGGAAACCCGCUCGUCGUUCGUAAUGACAAGAUCACCAUGCCUGAGAUUGAGGGCAUGUACGAGGCCGGCGAGAUUGACCGUGUCGUGAUUUCGCCUGGCCCCGGUCACCCCAGGACCGACUCUGGCAUCUCGCGUGACGUGGUCACUUGGGCCACUGGCAAGGUCCCCGUGCUGGGCGUGUGCAUGGGCCUGGAGGUUAUUGUCGACGUUCUUGGUGGUGACAUUGCCUAUGCCGGUGAGAUCAAGCACGGCAAGACCUCGCUCGUCAAGCACGACUCCAUCGGUUGUUUCCACGACCUUCCCCCUCUUCUCGCCUCGACCCGUUACCACUCGCUUGCGGCCAAGCUCCUCACGCUCCCGUCCAUCCUCCAGGUCACCUCGACCACCGACGAGUCUGGUGUCAUCAUGGGUGUGCGUCACCGUACUGCCACUGUCGAGGCCGUCCAGUACCACCCGGAGUCGUGCAUGUCCGAGGGCGGCCGUGGACUCUUUGCCAACUUCCUCAAGCUCAAGGGCGGCCAGUGGGGCGGCGAGAACGCCUGGUGCGGUGUCGUUCCCGAGGCGCCCAAGGACAUUGCUGAGACGUCGGCCUCUGCUGCUGCCGCCGCUGCUGCUGCCACCGGUGCCACUACUGGCGCCGUCAAGCCCCCCGCCGAGCGCAAGACCCCCUCGGUCCCCUCCAUCCUCAACAAGAUUGCCGACCAGCGUCUCGCCGACGUGGCCAAGUCGAGCGCUACGUUGGCCACUACCCCUGCCAACUUGAAGACUGCCAUUUCGCUGCAUGCUGCCCCGCCACUCAUCUCGUUUGUCGACCGCGUCAAGAACACCCCUCACACCGCCAUCAUGGCUGAGAUCAAGCGCGCUUCCCCCUCAAAGGGCAACAUUGCCCCCGACGCGUCCGCCCCGGCUCAGGCUUUGAGGUAUGCCAUUGCUGGUGCCAGUGUCAUCUCGGUCCUUACCGAGCCUACCUGGUUCAAGGGUACGCUCGGCGACAUGCUGUCGGUCCGCCAGGCCAUCGACUCGCUGCCCAACCGCCCCGCCAUCCUGCGCAAGGACUUUAUCCUCGAGCCCUACCAGAUUGAGGAGGCCCGCGUCAACGGUGCCGACACUGUUCUCCUCAUUGUCGCCAUGCUCGAGCGUGCCAAGCUGCAGGAGCUGUACGACUACUCGGUCUCGCUGGGUAUGGAGCCCCUCGUCGAGGUCAACAACCCGGCCGAGCUUGAGGUUGCCCUCGAGGUCGGCUCCAAGGUCAUUGGUGUCAACAACCGCAACCUCCACGACUUCAAUGUCGACAUGAACACCACCUCGCGUGUCAACGAUGCCCUCCAGGGCCGCAACGACGUCAUCCUCUGCGCACUGUCUGGUAUCGGCUCGUCGGCCGAUGUGGAGAAGUAUGUUGCCGAGGGUGUGCGCGCCGUUCUUGUUGGCGAGUCGCUCAUGCGCGCUCCCGACGCUGGCGCGUUCCUCCGCGAGCUCGUCGGACUGGACAAGUUCGUCCCCACCCCCACCACCCAAAAGCCAUUGGUCAAGAUCUGUGGUGUGCGCACUGCCGCCGACGCGCAGCUCGCCGUCGACGCCGGUGCCGACCUGGUUGGCAUCAUCAUGGUUCCCGGUACGCGUCGCGGAGUCGAUGGUGCCACCGCACGGGAGAUUGCCGACGUUGUGCGCUCAGCACGCAAGGCUUCGUCCGCCACCGACAUCCCGGCCUCGUCCCCACUCUGGUUCGGCACCAAUGCCCGCCGCCUGCAGUCCCGCCGCCGGCCACUCACUGUCGGCGUGUUCCGCAACCAGCCGCUCGAGACCAUCGCCGACCUCGUCGACGAGGCAGGUCUCGACCUGGUCCAGCUGCACGGCGACGAGCCGCAGGGAUGGGCCGCCCACCUCCCCGUUCCCGUCAUCAAGGCGUUCCGCGUCCUCGCCGACGGUGCUGUCAAGGGCGGCGAGGUCUCGCGCGCGGGCUUGAACAACUUUGUCCUCCUCGACUCGCCCGCCGCCGCGGGCGGUAGCGGUGCCGGCGGCGGUGAAGGCGUGAGCUUUGACUGGACCGCGGCAAGGCGGAUCGUGGAGCAGGGCGAGGCUGGGUCCGAGGGCAAGCACCUCCUGCCCAUCAUCCUUGCUGGCGGCUUGAGGCCCGAGAACGUCGCCGAGGCUAUUGCCACCGUCGGCAACGUUCUUGCCGUGGACGUCAGCUCGGGUGUGGAGAAUGACGAGGGCGGUAAGGAUGCCGCCAAGGUCGCGGCGUUCAUCAAGGCCGUCAAGGGAUAG